AUGGGUACAAGUGCUCUGCUUGCUACUAUGACGCUGAGCGUCCUGUGCAAGGCAUGUCGUGGAACCUUUUAUUCGUUCAAUCCGGGCGUAAUUAGUUUGUCUUCGGAACUGAUCAAGCUUUUGUUUUCUUUCACAAUUUUCAAAUGGAGAGUGGCCAAAGGAUUAUCAACUCGCUGUGAUCUUAGUUUCCGUGAAAUUCUGCUUCUACUAAUCCCAUCUACGCUCUUGGUUGCAUCCGGUUCGAUCUACUACUCUCUGCAAAGAACGUUUGAGGAUGAGCUCGUAAUUCAAGUGCUUUUGUGUCUUCUGUUUCACGUGCAGUCGCUAUUUUCCUAUGAAGUCGUCGUCACUGCGAUCAUCUCCUAUCUCUGGCUGAAGCGCCGUCAUUCAGCUGCGCAUUGGAUGGCUCUGCUGCUGUUAAGCACAUCCCUCACUGCCAUCGAAAUGCAAUCGAAUCCUUCAUGGACGCUCUACGAUAUCCCGCUCUACGGAACGUUUCUUAGUCUCUUUUCCGUGCUGCUGACCUCCGUUGCGAACGUUCUCAAGGAACGUCUUUUGAAGUUUCGACACUCCGAUGCUUUGUUCCAACAGAUUUCGUGGCUCGCUUUGUAG